CCGGAUUUGAGCAGGCGAAAUGAAGUCAGUGCUACCAUCCCGUCAGAUUCCGCACUCAACAUCGUUGCUGCCGCUGCGUCUUACAGCUACAAAUCUGCCGCCGUUUCCGCUAUUCCUCUGGCUCUGGAGUUUCCGGGUCGACAUACUAAAGUGACACCAACACAAUCAAGCCCCAGUGGACUGCAGUUUCGACCUCGAAUCGGUCUUAUCAACACCCCCAGCGCGGGUCGAACCGUGACAGUACAGUCCACCCUGGAUGAGAACAACUUUUGGGAAAUCAAGGCAAUGUGA